GGAGGGAAGCGCGGCGGCUCAUUUGCAUCCCGGGGGCGGAGGCGCGGCGCAGCCCGGCCGGCCGUGUGCCUAUAAAACCCCGCCGCGGCUGACAGCCUCUUCGCUUGGGCGCCAGAAAGAGUGCUGCAACGUACGCCCGCUGUAUCGCUCGCAGCUGCCGCCGCCUGGAUUCGCUUCUGCAGCCCCGCUGGUCUGCCUCUACUCGGUGCCGCCAUGAAAGCCAUCAGCCCGGUGCGAUCCGUCAGGAGCUGCUACGAAGCCGUGUGCUGCCUCUCGGACCAAAGCCUGGCCAUCGCCCGGGCGAGCAGCGACAAGAGCCCGGCGCUGGAGGAGCCCAUGAGCCUCCUCUACGACAUGAACGACUGCUACUCCAAGCUGCGCGAGCUGGUGCCGGGCAUCCCGCAGGGCACCCAGGUCAGCCAAGUGGAGAUUCUCCAGCACGUCAUCGACUACAUCUUCGACCUCCAGAUCGUCUUGGAGGAGCAGGCCAAGAAGGGGCAGGAUCCCUCCGCGGAGGCUUCUCUCCUCUCCUUAAAAGCAGCCGAGCUAGCCUCAGAACUCUGCUCGAAGGACGAGAGGAAUCUAUGUCACUAACCGCUCAACAGACUGCAGGUGUGGGAUCCUGACACUUGGUUCUCUCCAAUGAGAAAGAGAAGGCGGCUUGACUGGCGAAAGAUCAGAAGUUUAACCCCUGCAAGCCACUAAUGGAGCGACUGCCUUAUCUUUUCAGAUAACUUGACUCUGAGACACGAUUGCGCAAGACAAUUUCAGAUGCUUUGUCUGAGUCUUCCAGUAGCAGGUUUUAUUUUUUGACUCCCCCUCCCCCAAAUCUGUCUGCCUGAAAACAAAAAUUCCAGGCAGGUUAGGAGGAUAAAAGCAACUUUUCAAAAUCCUCUCUGCUGUUAACAAUGGGACUGCUGCCUUGUACCUAAAGGAGAAUUCUAUGACCAUUCUUUUCCCCCAAGGGGUGAAAAACCUCAGCCGUCUGAUAUACCUGACCAGCGCAUCUCGUCCCCAGCCUUGGGGAGGCUUAGAAGCGAAAUUAUGAUUGAAUCCUUCCAACGGUGUGACAGUUCAUGAAAACAUGGACAGAUCUGUAUUUUGCAAAGGCAAACGAGAACUCUUGCACAGAAUGCAGCUUGUGUGUAUAUUUUGGAUUAUAGUUUUUUUUUAAACAUUGAUUUGGGGUGGGGGGUGGAAGAGGACCUUCAAGAAUAUGAGAACAGUCUUGGGGCUGUGGCCUCAUGGUUUUUUUUUAAUUGUUGAACUCUAUAAUAGAGAUAACUCGUGUACCUUUUUUGCAGGAAGGAGAAUUUCUGCAGCCAUGAAUUGUACUUACUUUGUAAAAAAACUUUUUAUAAAAGUUUCUUACAUAAUA